AUGGAUAUAUUUAAGCAACUCCAAAUAAAUAUUCCAUUCGCCGAAGCAUUAGAACACAUGCCAAAAUAUGCAAAAUUCUUGAAGGACAUUCUCACCAAAAAGAAAAGAUAUUCGGACAAUGAAACUAUUAUGCUUGAUGCUCAAUGUAGUGCCAUCAUUCAAAGAACUCUUCCAAGAAAAGAAACCGAUCCGGGACGAGUCAUCUUACCGGUCACCAUUGGAGGUACUUACAUCGGCAAUGGUCUAAUUGAUUUGGGUUCUAGCAUUAAUCUCAUUCCUCUGUCUAUCAUAAAGAGAUUGGGGAAUAUUGAAAUGAAGUCUACCCGAAUGACAUUACAACUAGCCGAUAAGUCCACAACCUCACCUUAUGGAGUUGCUCAAGACAUAUUGGUAAAAAUGGACAAAUUUUUGUUUCCGGUAGAUUUUGUGGUGGUAGAUAUGGAGGAAGAUAGGGAUGUCCCGUUGAUUCUUGGAAGGCCAUUUAUCAAAACAGCCCGGAUGAUGAUAGACAUCGAUGACUGA